AUGAAACUCAAGUGCUCAUGGACUACCGGGGAAAUGGCGCCACCUGUACUCAGGACACCUGCCGAAAACUCCCAGAUGACUGGCGAGACAACGGUGCACGUUACACAGAAAAAGACAGCCGCAGUGCCCGCUGUUGCGGCCAUUAAGGAGGAAGACAUAGUCCUGCUUCGGCAAUGGCUGUGUAAAAUGGAAGCGUAUGGUUGGGCCAUGGGCCACUUGUAA